AUGGAGUUCCUAGCGGAUACCACGGCCUAUCUCUAUCACCAUGUGGUUCUACCUCCAAAGCUACCACAACAAGAUGAUCGAAGCACUGGAAAUGAUACUGUCCUCCUUGAGGCCGUUGUUCAGGCUCUGAAAACUCUGAAAGUCCAUGUGAAGAACGAACACGUCGGGCCUGUCAUCGCGGCCAUUGCCACUGUCGAAAACCUCCGUAGUAGUCGUGAUGAGCAUGGACUCACCAACCAAGCCAAGCUACAGAGUGUACUCGCUAAAGUCACAAACGGUCAGACGGAUGGCGCUAUACCGGUCGAGAUUAGAGAACAAAACGCUGGAAUCUUUGUUAGUCGCUAUGGAGACAAAGUCCAGUUUGAAUUCUUCGAACUUUCGCCUACCAACGAGGCAGCCAUGAAAUCUGGUCGACUCAUACGAAGUUUUCCGGGAUAUGCGGCAAGCAUCCCCGUAACCAAAAUGGCUCGCAAUGUAAAACUGCUUCAGUCAAUCUCCAGUACCUUGGCGAAGAUGACAUCCCAGAAGGUUCCGAGCUUCCAGCCCCAGAUCACCAAGAAUGGGAAGAGCAUGGCCGAAGAACGCGACACUACCGAUCCCGGUAUAGUCACGAACUUAUACAUGAACACGAUCGCAGCUUUCGGUGAGCUGACAGUCGCCGAGCGCAUCAAGAAACAUACCCGUGAAGAGGUACUCUGGGAUGACUGCCUUUCACCAUGGCGACGGUCUCCGCUGUGGCUUUUGUUGCGUGUUUCACUACAGCUUCUCUUCGUACACGAAGCAUCAGGUACACUGCAUGAGGACGGGUUGUACAAGGCAUUUAUGAUCUUCAUGUCAGCGCAACUGCUUGGCCUAGCUCAGCGUGACUGGAAAAGCUUGGGAAGCGAACCAAUACAAGCCAUCUCAGCGAAGUUGAUGCGUCGACUGCGCAAAUUCAAGGCUCUCAAACAGUUCGAGUACCUUGAGGCUUCCUGGAUUGACCACAUCGAUGCUAGUAUUCUUAAUGCUCAUCGCUUCAUAGAUCAACAUUGGCAUGACUUGGUCAAGAAUACUGAAGGUAAUAUCAACACAAGCGUCAUUGCCGGCCUACAACCUGAGAAUGACCUCGACAUGUACCUUUGGGGACUGGAUGCCUUCCUGUCUCAAAUAACUUCUCGGAAGCAAGAGCACAACCCGUCAACAUACGUCCCUACAUCACUGUACCCAAAGUUCAACACAUCUGACCUCCCAAUCAACCUAGAUGAUCCUGAUGACUACAAGCACUUUCGUCUGGCGGCUCUGGAGCAUUGGGUCGAGCAUAACUUGUCGGAUUGGACUCGUAACCACCUCUAUGAUUCGAAUGCCUGUGAGCAACUUCGUAUGUUGAUGGGAAUCUACUACAAUAUCGCCAAUACUGCGUAUGAUCAAUCACCGAUCGCCAUGUCAGUCAUGUACCUAACUCUUGCGGAGCUUUGGGUAUCAUGCGAUAGAUGCGCAUGCGCUAUUUAUCCCAUGUUGAAUAGUUACGAUCCCGAGGUCAAUCUAACGGAGUUCCAAUCUCUCGUGCUUCCACUGAAGAGCCAACUGGGUCGCCUCAACACUGUUGAGGGCUAUGUUGAUUCUCGACAUCGGAAAGCAACACAGGGGAGACCCUCUGUAUACCGAGACUUUGGUGAGCCUUCUUCAUUCGCAGUCCGAUACUUCGACCAAUGCAAAUCGCUCCAGUCUACGUUGGAAAAUAUUGAGCAUGAUGCUACAAUCUCCCGGAAAAAUAAGUGUGAAGAAUUAGAGCACCUCAAAGUUCUUUACCGCCAGUACAUGCACACCUACAACAAUACUGGUUGCAGUUAUCGUACCGUAUUCACAAAUCGUUACCAUGGAUACACCACGAAGGUUCACGAUUAUAAUUGUAACCGAUGUAUGGCCAAGAACAACGCAGACAAUCUUAGCAUCUCGAUCUAUGAGUGGCCAUUGUCCUCGUCAAAAUCUGUAGCGAAAGCAACGGUGUUUGAAUUGAAAGUACCUGAAGCUUUUAGCAAUUGGCGAGAUGCCUCGGCCCACUUCAUCACAACCGUGCUGGGUUGCCGCGAGAAGACUCCAGUGAAACCAAGAUUCUACUAUACACUUGAGAAUCAUCACGGUCUAUCUAGUGCACUGUCUGCACACUAUUCCAAGAGGGUUAUCAUGCCACUAUCCGAAGUCAAAAGCCACACAGUUACCCACCGAAAGAAUAUGAAAGCUGUCCAGAACUUGAACGAAAAUGACGUUUGUUUGGAGAACGCGUUGCAAUACCGUUACUAUAAUACUAUCAGCGCUCAGUUCAACAUAGCGAUGCCAAUAUGUACGGAAGAAAUCCCAAAGAGGUGCAUGUACAAAAUGCCGCAGCAGUCAAAGACACUAGAACGCUUCAUGUACCGUCUGCCCUCUUCACCCAAUGGCCUUCCUGCCAAUGAAGUUAUUGCCAGUUUGUCGGACUGCCCGGCUCACCUCUCCAUUGAAGAAUACAAAGCUUUGUGCGCAUUGUCUCUCGGAAACCACAUCUUGCAUUCCAACAUUCUUACCCAGCUGGCGGUACCAACAGUAGACUUUUCAAAGGUCGAGUCACAAUGUAUAGUUUUCCAGGCGGUACACCAAGCUGGACUUCCAAAGCACUGUAUUGAGCGUGCAACUCAUCACAUCCUUAAGGAAGCCUGUUUUGGUCGUGCAUUGAUGGACCAGCUCGAGACCGCGCUCGACCGCAUUGAGGAAAAUUGGGAAUCAUGGCGGGCUUCAGCCACAUUCUCCUUACUUGCUCGCAGAGUUCUGAAUUUGACUACCGCCCAAGAAGUCCGUUCGCGAGCGUUUGGUUAUCUCAUCCGGCUGCGAUCUGUCUGCCUCAAGUGGUUUCUGAGGUUGAAGCAAAGAGCUGCUGAAUCCACAGCUGAUGACCAGCGUACAGAACUCUACUCAAGGGCGGCGGAGAUUGCUCUUGUAUGCACAAGCACAUAUGAUGUGGAGGAAGAUGACUUUGGAUCGAUUCUAGAACAUGAAUCAGCUAUUUCGAUCCUCAUGCAGGCAUCGAUAAUCAUCCAGGAGAAUAUCGACUUCGUCCAGUCUGAGAACGAGGUUCUUUUAAGGAGCACGACUCUAUCAUGGAGGUGGAUGAUGUAUCGGAUCGUCCCCAAGCUACAUGAUCGCAUCCUCUCCAACGGUAAAAGUCUCUCAGACGCUGUCACUGCAAACUGGGCAGCUUUCGAUCCGACUUCAGAAAACCCUUGGACUUCGCUCGGUGGUCACAAAGAACAUUGGCUCCAGACAACCUCGGGAUCGCUGUCAGUACAUAUUAACUUACUAACCGGUGAACUUCUUGUCAAUGGUUUGCCAUUGUCUCGACUUCCUGCCGAAUACAUGUCCCAUCACAUGUACAAACCUUUGUUCCAGAAAUCAGCAUUGGAAGUCGUACCCACCAGCGAAUCAGGAAUGCGUUUCUCGGCAAAGUCUCCAUACCACGACUACGAGCUUCACUUUGGAAUGAAAAACAAUGAUAUGCUAGUAGUCGCCUACGGAAAUAGCACGAAACUCGACCUAAUUCCAUCACGCACAUUGCAGAGCCAACUUCCUGAUGCAUUCUUGACGAACUAUAUCCACUGGUAUGAUCACAAACGGCAGGAGUUGAUCUUUCGGAGUCGAGACAGCCCGUGGGAGUCAGCGCCUGAAGAAUGGCGUUUAGUUCGCAAUGCUCAUAACAGUGCUUGGCGACUGAUAAAAGGAUGUGAGAUCUUGAUCAGUUUGGGAAGUCAGUCUGAGAAAAUGCUUUCUAAAAUACUACGGUCAUUGGAAGAUGCCAAGCACAUACAUGCCAAGCUCGAUACCACAACUCAAAUGAUCAACGUUGAACUUCCCCGACUUCAGCUCGGGUUUUAUAUCAAGCAAGGAGGAGAUUCGAUAUACUCUUCCCAGUAUCGCGACAUGACCGUUGACGAAAACCAGAGCAUUGGAACUCUUGUUGGAUUGGCCAGUAAGCUUGUGCUUAAGCAUGAGCAUACGGCAGAACGAUUGGUCCUCAUACCAUCGCCCAAGACCUUUGACACAUCGAGCAUCAUUUACUUCAGUGUUCAUCAUUCUGGUCAUCACCCUACUGUGUCAAUCAACAAGGGAAAUGUUCAUAAGGUGUACGCAUACACUAUGGAUACAGAUCUCGGUAGACUAUUGGAUACUUCGGAGAUGCAAAGUCGGCUUUUUUUGAGCUACCUGCAUGCUAUCACAUCUGGGUGUCUUCCGGACCCGUUAACGUACUGUACUGGUACAGAAAGCAGCCUCGAAAUCCUUUGGUCAGCAGCAGUACAUUCAUUCGACAUUCUCACUCCGGCAAACGUAGAGCUUCUGUGUCGUAUAGCCGAGCUUUCCGCUAAGAGGAAGUGGUAUCCUGAAAACCUAAGGGUGAUGCAAAACAUUGAGUGGGAUGAGCGUCUCCCAUCACUGUCGCAACAUGGCUCCUUUCGAAUGACGGUGUCCGAUUUGCUGGACCAAGCCGCAAAGAUGCGAUUGUUUCAUCCAGACAAUGACGUUUUUGCCUCGAUCGACAAAGCUCAACAGAAACUUUCCUCUCUAUCGGACUGUCACUUGGAACAACGUGAUAUGAUACGAUCAAGUACUUUCCGUGUUGCAGGAUUUGGUGCUGAGAAGUUCACUACGGCUCAUGACAUUGAGUACCGGAGUAGAGACAUAGUGCAAAAUGAGAGGGGUCGUCAUGCCUUCAUCGCCGGCAUUCUAGCCCUCCGCGAUGAAGCUGCUUUGCACAGCUGCAUCUUGGAUCUUAAGGAAAAUCUUGUUCGCAAGCAUUUCCGAUCAGCUACCGUUCAUGGCGUUGAUGACUCCUUCGAUCCUAAUAAUCUUGGCUAUGAUUCUGAGUGGCUUGAAGAUCACUCAAAGCACUUUGUUGCAAAUUGGUGCACCCUACAUCGAACUCUCCCUAGCGCCAGCAAUCGCUACAGUUUGGCGACAUGGCUUUGCACAAUGGCAUUUGCUAAGGACGUUGAUAUGGUUGCGAUCCAAGCUUUGCUAGCAUUCUCCAGACUACAAGAGAUGGCAGCCGUACAGCUGCCUGCUGCUUCCCGGUUCGAUUUGGCACAAGGAGAUCAAUAUGAUGCCCAAAAGAUACGCUCCAUUCUUGUGCAAAACACCAAAUCCUUCGAUACAUCUGCGGAAGCUACGUCGCCCAGAAUGAAUAACGAGACCUCUGAACAGCAUGAAAGGCGAAUCGAGGCACUGUUUGAUUCUCAGAAGUACAAAGCAAUCGAGGGUGUUGCUGAAAAAUUACGAAACCAAGCAUCUGUUCAAGCACCUUAUGUAGAGUCAAAGCUUGAGUACACGAGGUAUCUUAAUCUUUCCAAAGCAAUGGUGAGAAUUCAAGAUUGUUUUAAAAGCUGGUAUGACAAUCGCCAGUUCCUAGACUAUCUUGGACAGUCAAAAAAAGUACUGGCGCGUCAGAAUGUCUCGAGCGUACCUCAACCGCGGUAUGGCCUUGCUCUACCUCAUACGAAGGCUGGCCUUGACUCUGAUGGCCGCUUUUUUAGCGUAAGGAGUAUUCUUGCUCUCUCGACACCUCCCACGUCCCAACAUGAUCUGAACUUUCCCACAUCACCAUCUGAGCCACAAAUCACGAUCGCGAAAACACCUGAGCGUAUAAUGCAUUCCCAGAGAAUGGAAAGGCUCGAAGAUCUUUGCCAGCACCUCAUUGCAUAUUCCGAAUCUAAAUGUGAGCGAGAAUACGUUGACCAUCUACGUAUGAGUUGCAAAGCCUUCGAAAAACAUCUCAACACCAAUUACGCACACCAAGAUCUGGUUGUCAAUGCCGCAACCGUUUUGCAGGAGUAUUUAGGCGAAUGUGGUAAGCAUCUCCAUAAGAUUGCUUCCUCAUUUGAAGGUCUGUUCAGUAGCGAGAUUGAGUUCCAAACCCAACAUGCACCACGAUUUUCACCUACCUUUUGGCUCAGUCUGCUGCAUCGAGACCGCUUCGAACAUCUCCCGGAGGACUGGAAAGAGGUCAUUAUACAAUAUGCUUUGGCCAUAACUAAUCUGCAGAGGGCUCAAAGAUUGGUUCGUCUCUCGAGCAAGCCGGUGGAGCUUAUUGAAGAGCUGCAACACAUUGGGCACUCCAACUGGGAUGUACGCCAGUUCCCCGAGACGCUUCUCCUCGAAGCUGAAAGCGGCAUCCUGGUUCGUAAGGAGCAAGAAUACAUUGCAAGCCAGAUGCGUUCGCCCAAGGAUGGGCAAAACGUGGUACUGCAGCUGUUGAUGGGAGGUGGCAAAUCGACCACCAUUGUUCCAAUUCUGAGCGCUCAUCAUGGUGACAAAGAGAAGUUAGUGAGGGUCAUAGUUGCGAAGCCUCAGAGCAAGCAAAUGCUACAAAUGCUUGUGGCUAAGCUUGGAGGAAUGCUGGGCAGAAGGGUCUACCAAAUGCCCUUCUCACGUAACCUUCGACUUAGCGCCAAUGAUGCUCAGACCAUCCGCCAGAUUUACGACGAGUGCAUCGCCAACCGUGGCGUGCUUUUGAUUCAACCUGAGCAUAUUCUAUCUUUCAAACUCAUGGCUGUGGAAUGCGUACUCCUUGACCAGCAGGAAACCGCCCAGUCGCUACUGUCGACCCAAGAGUUCUUCGACAGAGUCUCGGUCGACUGCGUUGACGAGAGUGACGAAAACUUUUCCGUAAAAUUUGAACUGAUAUACACUAUGGGAGAGCAACAACCAAUUGAGUUUGCUCCUACACGAUGGUUCAUCAUUCAGGAUGUCCUAACAUCUCUGGCAUCUGUAGCUGCCCGGGUGAAGAAAGAGCUGCCUGAUGCAGUCGAUAUCCAAGACGAUGGCAACAGCAAGUUCCCACGAAUCAGAUUCUUGCGUUCUGACUCCGCUGCUCGGGCCUUGCACCUGCUGGCAGUGCAUGUUGUUCAACAAGGCAUUGGUAUUCCUUCAAGGUCACAACCACCAACCAUGCAAGGCGCAAUCAUCCGCUAUAUUACUCAGACGGACUUGAAUCUUGAUGAAGUGAACGCAGUUGAGAAAAGCAAGUUUUGGACCGAAACUACAAAGUCUCCUCUACUCUUGCUACGCGGCUUGUUUGCUGAUGGUGUUCUUCGAUUCAUAUUCACAACCAAGCGGUACCGAGUCAAUUUUGGCCUUGAUCAUUGCCGUACGCCCAGUACUUCACUUGCAGUACCAUAUAGGAGCAAAGACUCGCCUUCACCGAGGUCUGAGUUCUCACAUCCCGACGUCGUCAUCAUUCUCACGCUCUUGUCAUACUAUUAUCAGGGGUUGACCGAUAAUGAACUAUUCGAUACAAUCAUCCAUAUCUUGAGAUCUGACCAAUCAGUCAUAUACUAUGAUGGGUUCGUUCGCACCGCAUCUUCUACCCUGCCGAAGACAUUUCGACAACUUGCCGGAAUUAGUAUUCGAGAUCGACAUCAGUGCAUUACGGAAGUGUUUCCCAGCUUGAGAUAUUCGAAGAACGCAAUCGAUUAUUACCUCGCGCGUUUGGUCUUUCCCAAACAGCUUAAGCAAUUCCCUCAGAAGCUUAGUGCGUCAGGCUGGGACCUCGCGAUCAAGAAGCCGCACCCAACGGCCGGGUUUUCUGGUACGAACGAUACCCUGCAUCUACUCCCACUCAACAUCAAACAUCUUGACCUGCCAAGUCAACAUCAUACCAAUGCACAGGUGCUGUCAUAUCUGUUAAUGGACGAGACGUCGGUAGAAAUUCUGCCUGUGCGCAAAAUCGGUAACGCUACCAGUGAUGGUGAGCAUCUACUGACAUUCAUCGAGAACUUGGACUCAGAUGUCAGGGUUUUGUUGGAUUGUGGAGCCUCAAUCCUUGAACAGAAUAAUCGACAGGUUGCUGAGACAUGGCUGAAGAUGCGCAGCAGCGACGUCCAGGCGGUAGUCUACUUCGAGAAUGAAGAGUUGGCAGUGCUCGAUCGCAGUUCUCGGGUUGAUUCAUUCCAGACAUCUCCUUACGCCAAGAUGCUGGAUUCAUGCGUGGUCUAUCUAGACGAGGCGCAUACACGUGGAACAGACUUGAAGCUCCCACGUCAUUACCGCGCUGCACUUACAUUGGGUAGCCAGUUGAGCAAGGACCGUCUUACACAAGCUGCAAUGCGGAUGAGGAAAUUGGGCCAUGGACAAGCCAUUACAUUUAUUGUACCCGCAGAAAUCAGGACCAAGAUCUAUGAGCAGACUGGAAAACCUGCAGAUGCACAGAUUGAUGCUUGCGACGUACUAUCAUGGGCAAUCAGAGAGACGUGGUCUGACUUGAAAAGGAGUCUCCCCUUGUGGGCAGUACAAGGCGAACGGUUUGAACGACAGAAGAACCUCAUAAAUGGCGCCAAAACUACAAAGGAUGACGCGGCAGCUUUUCUGGAGAAGGAAGCCGCUGAUCUGGAAACGCGGUACAAGCCUCGCACUCAGGACGUAAAUCGUUUCACACAGCUCAGCAACUGGGACAUGUCUAAUCCCAACAUCGGUGCGAUUAUAUCACGGUGCCGCGAUUUCGAAGCCAUGAACUUUGGAUCUGCUACAUUAAGUGAAGAGCAAGAGAGGGAGCUUGCGCCCGAAAUCGAAGAAGAGCGCCAAAUCGAACGUCCUCCACGCUUAGAUGCUCUAAAGCAUCAAGUCCAUGAACACCUCAGGCGGCUAGUUACUACCGGUGAAUUCGUUACCGGCUUGGAAGCAUGGAGGCCAGCGUUUCAAGCACUGAGAACGACUAGUGCAGGGAGACUCACUAAUCUGAAAGAGUUCCCCUGCGAUUUGUUGAUAACGCUAGACUUCAUGCAAACAGUCCGCGCACCUCCAGGCUCGACCCGCGCCUCUUUCAUCUCAGACUCCUAUCAGCGACCAGUACAAUUUGUAGUCUCUGUACCGGAUUCACAUCGCCCAAAGAAUGUCAGCAAUCUCAUCGUUAUCAGCCCCUACGAGGCGAAUCAAUUGUUGCCAUUGAUCCGUGAGCACAAGAAAGUCACGCUCCAUUUGUUCGCCGCCCGCGCCAACGUCAGUUACGCACCCCUCGACGAACUCACCCUGUACAAUAUCGGUCAUGAAUUCACUCCAGGCUCUGUUUCACGUAGCUUGACUAUGCAACUCAACCUAUUCGCCGGCAGUCUCUACCUCCGCUCUCUAAACGAGUACAAUGAGCUCUGCGAUUUCCUGGGUCUCCUGCAAGGCCGGGCGGAAGAAGGCCAGCAAGUGUAUGCCGAUGGCUUCAUCGAUCCUCCAGCUGGGAAGUGGGGUCUUACAAAGUCGCCUGUACCCUUUUUACGUGUUUUGCUUAUGAAGAUUCGUCGUGAGGGAGAAGGUGUCGAGAAGACACAUAUGGGUAAGAUCUUGAGUGGUGUUGCGUUGGACGAAGGUGAUUUUGAUACGAUCGAGUAUUGAGUCGCCAGAUACUGGAGCUGGCUGCCGUGAGGGAUUGGUGAUAAAUUUCUUGGGGGUUUGACGAUGUGAAGAUUGUUUUGGUUCCAGGCUGAGAGAUCUGUUGGUGGUCAGGAGAGAAUGGGGC